AUUAUAACCUGCUCUCUGUAUUCUACUGCCUCGUUGCCGUCGUUUUGGCUUCCCUAAUACCAGAAGGACAAGCUUUGUAAAACCUCCGCCUCCUUUCCAUGAAGGUUCUUAUGGUCCGCUCCACAUCUUCAAUGUUUGUUAAUGAAAAUGUUGAGCCUGUUUAUUCAUAUGUCACAAAACUGAAAGACUGAAAAUGGCUAAUCAAUGUUCCUCACUCGUCGUCGUGUUUUUCAUGCUUUCACAAGUGUUGUAUAACGUUGCCAGUCAACGGUGUGGAAACGGUAGCGACAUUUACUCCAUUUACCAAAUGAUGCUCAAGGGUCACACGUUUAAGACGUUCAAAACUACACCAGGUAAGCUGGAAUGCCGUGAAGCUUGCCUCGCUGAUGUCAAAUGCCAAAGUUAUAACGUCCCCAUGUCUAUUUCAAUUUGCGAGUUAAACAACAGCACUAGGGAAACCAGACCGGAAGACUUUGUUCAAGACAAAGAGAGAUACUACAUGGCGAAAGGAUCAAGACGAGUUGCAGAUUACUGCAUUAAACACGAAUGCCAAAACAAUGCAAGAUGCGUAAACGGUCACUUGAAAUACACCUGUGUUUGCAACUCAUCCGGGUGGACAGGAAACCAUUAUGAACAAGGAUUUACAGCUGUGUUUACAAAUCUUGGUGGGAGGGUACGUCAGGGUCCAGACUCAAUCGGUAGUUACUACACAGGUCAGGAUCAUGACGGACAAGUUGCACUGUCCAGCGGUAUUCAACUGUGGACCGUGCCACACACUGGUGAAUACAGAAUAGAAGCAAUAGGAGCCUCAGGGGGGUUUGGCAAGGACAGUAUCAUCAAGAACGGAGGAAGAGGGGCACGAAUGAUUGGAAACUUUCAUUUGACCAAAGAUGAGAUCAUACGUGUCCUUGUGGGUCAAAAAGGGGAAAGAGGGACUCAUUACGAACAAACUGCUGGAGGCGGAGGAGGUACAUUUGUAGUGAGAGGAAGCAACACGCCUUUGAUCAUAGCUGGAGGUGGAGGGGGAAUUAAAGCAAUGUCAGAACAAAAUAUGGAAUGUGAUGGGUCCACGAACACCACAGGGAAUGCUGGGAACAACUUGCCAUUGGGUUCGGAAGUAAGCAACGGACAUGGAGGACAUACUAAUAAGGGGGAUUCUGGUGAUGGUGGCGGCGGCUUCUACAGUGAUGGACAAAAUGCCUCAACCCGGGAUGGCAAAGGGGGAAAAGGAUAUCUUGAGGCGGGGGAGGGUGGAGAUUAUCGCGGUGGGUUCGGGGGUGGCGGUGGUCUUCGUGUUUACAACAAGGGACCGGGCGGAGGUGGAGGUUACUCAGGGGGAAGUGGCGGAGCUAAUAAACAUAUUUCCUGUGGAGGAGGGGGAGGAUCUUUUAACGAUGGAACAAAUCAGCGAAAUGAAUGUUGCUAUAAUAGCGCUGGUCAUGGUUGGAGCGAAAGUAAGGUUCCAGACUCAAUUGGUAGUCAUUACACAGGUCAGGAUCAUGACGGAGCCUCCGGGGGAUACGGUGGGGACAGUAUCAUCAAGAAAGGAAGAAGAGGGGCACGGAUGAUUGGAAACUUUCAUUUGACUAAAGAUGAGAUCAUUCGUGUCCUUGUUGGUCCAAAAGGGGAAGAUGGGGAAAAGACCCCACCAACUUCUGGAGAAGGAGAAGGAUGUGAUACAUCCAUAACCACCACAGGGAAUACAGGGUACAACUCGCCAUUAGGUCUGGGAGGAAGCAACGGACAUAUAGGAAAUACUAGUAGUGGGGAUUUUGGUGGUGGUGGCGGCUUCUACGGAAACGGACAAAAUGCAGCGACCUCUGGUGGGGGCAGGGAGGUUCAGAUUGUCUUCAGAGAGGAAGGGGCGGACAUUUUCAAGGUGGAAGGCGCCCUCUUUUGCCGUAAGAUCGCGGAUGAACUGGACGAGUUCAUCUUGGCGUUUACUGGGAACAUGAUCUUUGUAUUCUACUGCUCCGUUCUUACCGUUUUGACUUCCUUAAUACCAGAAGGACAAGGUAACUGUCGUAGUCUGAGGUUUACCAGUAUUCCUAAACUUAACUACCGGUUAGAGAAUCACACGGUUCGAACUAUUGACGUUGUCAACGAGGAUCUCUGCAGGACACAAUGCUACUUGGAACCCAACUGCGUCAGUUAUAACUUUCACAGGAUUAGAGAAGCGUCUGGAAAACAUAAGUGUGACCUGAAUAACGCGACUGUUGAACACGAUGAAGAUCUGGUGAUGAGCGAAAGUCAUAUUUACCGCGGAGCUGAGAAUGCUUGUAAGAAAAAUCGUUGCAAGAAUAACGCAACAUGCCAAGCCGGGUUUACAGACAGACAUUAUCAGUGUUUGUGUGUUUAUGGAUCUGGAUUUAAAGGCCAUGAUUGUGAUGAGGAUGUAGACGAGUGUGCCACGGGAAAACACGGCUGCGAAGGCAACACGAUAUGCAAUAACACCGUUGGAUCGUACACCUGCAGGUGCAAGGAAGGAUACGAGGAAAAUGAGACAAACUGUACUGACAUAGAUGAGUGUUCUAACGAAGAAAACGGCUGUGAUUUGAAUGCUGAGUGUAACAAUACCAUGGGAUCUUACAGCUGCACGUGUAAAGAUGGAUUUCAUGGAAAUGGAACCUACUGCACAGGCAACUGUUUGUAA